AUGAAAUCGUGUGGCGAUCAAGAAAUAACGAUAACUGUAGAUGGUUCCGAAAAUAUGUCUGGAAUGAUUCGAUUCGAUUCUCAUAGUGGAAGCUGGCAUUGGUGUUCUGGACUCAAGUGGGCGGGCUUGGCGGACACAGGACCAAUAAGGACGCUAGGAUGCCCAUACCAGUCGAACGUCAUUGGUUUGGCACAGUGCGAAGAUUGUACAAGUCUUACUUUGGAUCCAUCAACAUGGAAACAUGAAUGGAGAAAAGCUUCCAUUUGGUGGUUUGAUAAAUUCGUAGGUUUGAAUUUCUUUGAUUUUGAAGCUAAAUUGAUGAGAGUCCCACAAUCUUCAAAUGUUCACGUGAAAAAGGAACGGUCAGCAAUUAAGGUGCGUAGCGUAAAUAGCAGUGGGAAUUGCAAAAAGAAGCAGAAUGAAAGAUUUGUUCUUUUCUGCAGUAUUACGGAUCACGCUACUCCAUCAACCAGUCAGACUAAUACUGAGUGUCCAGUGGCUGUGGAUACCAGUGAUGUCUCCAAAAUGCUCAUGAGACCCAGGCACCUGACAAGCUGUGACCAUUUCAGAGAAGCUAUCGAUCUGUUUCAAAAGAUGACUUGGACUCAUUAUGUUGUACGUGACAGCAGGCUGAACAUAGAAAAGCCGGAAAUUCGCUAUGAGUAUGUAGUGCAUGUAUGUUCUUUUGGACAUAAAAAGAAGCCGGAGGGCUAUGUUCAGAGAGUAAAAGGAUCAAAGUUUGGUGGUUGCAAGGCCAUGUUUCGUUUACGGUAUGCUGUGAACCAGUUCGUCAUAUCAUCGUCGAGGAUGAUACAUAACCAUCCUUGUGAUGAAAAGUGCUUGAAAAAUGAUCCUUGGUUCAGAAAACUAAGUGAAGAUCAGUUGAAGGCUGUUCUACCGAUGGUUAAGACUGGAAGUAGUGCUGAAUCUAUUGUUAAGUAUGCAGAAGAAAAUUACGAAAAGACAAUAACAGUGCAUUAUGUCAAUAGUUUAAAAUAUAAAUUUGUCGAACGUAAGCUUAUCCCAUAUAUCUACGGUUUUUUAGGUUGUGGAAGUUUAAACGAUGUAAUUGCAACCUUACGGAACAACGGAAAAUUGUUCGUUUCUUAUGGGGGUGUGGCUAACCAGGUCACAAAGAUAGCAUUUAGCACACACGAGCAAAUUGUAACGUACAAACGGUUCCCUGAAGUUGUGUGUUUGGAUUCAACAUACAGGGGGGAUUAUAGACCUUUCCAGUUGGUUUGUACAGAUAACUGCGAGCAUGGAGUCCCAGCUAUGUUUGCUUGGACCGAGGAAGAGAAGAAGGUUGAUGUAGUAUGGAUACUGGAUCAUUUUAAAAAGAUCAUGAACGGGACCAGUCAAACGGAAACGUUUGUGAUGGAUUGUGCAAGGUCCAUCAUAUCCGCUGUUGAAUUAACGCACCGUACUGCUCACAUAGCUCUAUGCUCUUUUCACAUGUGUAGAGCUAUAUGUAAGAAGACCCGCAAUCCAAUAACCAAGCAGUACUUAUGUCAACUGGUGCGUGAACAAACAGUGACUAAGUUUAAUGAGACAAGUCGCAUAAUCAGUGUACGCAGCAGACGCAUCGCAGCCUACUUAAACAAGAACUGGAUGAGUGGGAAAGAAACUUGGGCCGCAGCUUUCAAUAGCAAUGUCGUUACGUUGGGUAACAACACGAACAACCGGGUUGAAAGUGCGCACAGACAACUGAAGAAAAAGUUGUCUAACCGAGAUGCGUUGAGUAAAUGUAUAUGGAAAACAUUUACAUGGCAGAGGCAAUUAGACAAACGUAGGUCACUACAAUCAAGCUUACACUGUAGUCACAAAAGCAGAUACAUAGCUAAAGAUUGCUUACUGCCUCUACUAAGCAAGCCAACCACCUAUGCCGGCUUUAUAGUCCUUAAAGACUAUAAAAACGGAGACUGA